GUUUCCAACCUGUACCUGUAUGACAGUGUGCUCAUGCUGGCCAAUGCUUUCCACAGAAAACUGGAGGACAGGAAGUGGCACAGCAUGGCAAGUCUGAACUGCAUGAGGAAGUCCACCAAACCUUGGAAUGGAGGACGAUCCAUGCUGGAGACUAUUAAGAAGGGCCAUAUAACUGGACUUACUGGUGUUAUGGAGUUCAGAGAAGAUGGUGCCAACCCCUACGUUCAAUUUGAAAUCCUGGGCACUAGCUACAGUGAAACAUUUGGCAAAGAUGUGCGGAGGUUGGCAACGUGGGACUCUGAGAAAGGACUGAAUGGUAGCCUACAAGAACGACGUCUGGGCAAUGACUUGCAAGGAUUGACACUCAAAGUGGUGACUGUCUUGGAAGAACCUUUUGUGAUGGUGGCGGAGAACAUACUUGGGCAACCGAAACGUUAUAAAGGAUUUUCCAUCGAUGUCCUGGAUGCACUUGCCAAGAAUCUGGGCUUCAAGUAUGAGAUAUAUCAAUCUCCUGAUGGCAAAUAUGGACAGCAGCUCCAAAAUAGCUCUUGGAAUGGCAUGAUUGGAGAACUCAUUAACAAGAGAGCAGACCUAGCCAUCUCAGCCAUCACUAUAACACCAGAACGAGAGAGCGUUGUGGAUUUCAGCAAGCGGUACAUGGACUAUUCCGUGGGGAUCUUAAUCAAAAAGCCCGAAGAGAAAAUCAACAUCUUCUCUCUCUUUGCUCCUUUUGACUUUGCGGUGUGGGCUUGCAUUGCUGCAGCCAUCCCAAUCGUUGGUGUCUUGAUCUUUGUCUUGAACCGGAUCCAGGCAAUCAGGGCUCAGAAUGCUUCCCAGCCUAGCCCAUCUGCUUCCUCCACCCUCCACAGUGCCAUCUGGGUUGUCUACGGAGCCUUUGUUCAGCAAGGGGGUGAGUCUACUGUCAAUUCUGUGGCCAUGCGCAUUGUCAUGGGAAGCUGGUGGCUUUUCACCCUUAUCGUGUGCUCUUCCUACACAGCAAACCUGGCAGCAUUUCUCACCGUAUCAAGGAUGGAUAAUCCCAUAAGAACAUUUCAGGAUCUGUCCAAACAAAUGGAUAUAUCUUAUGGUACAGUCAGGGAUUCAGCAGUGUAUGAAUACUUUAAAGCAAAAGGGACCAAUCCUUUGGAGCAGGAUAACACAUUUGCUGAGCUGUGGCGGACUAUCAGUAAGAAUAAUGGGGCAGAUAAUUGUGUAUCGAACCCUUCCGAAGGCAUCAGGAAGGCAAAAAAAGGAAACUAUGCUUUCCUGUGGGAUGUGACGGUGGUGGAAUAUGCUGCACUGACAGAUGAUGAAUGCUCCGUGACAGUCAUUGGGAACAGCAUCAGCAGCAAAGGAUACGGGAUAGCUCUCCAGCAUGGAAGCCCCUACAGAGACCUUUUCUCCCAGAGGAUCCUAGAGUUGCAAGAAAGUGGAGAUUUGGAUGUUCUUAAACAGAAAUGGUGGCCACGGAUGGGACGUUGUGACCUGAAUAGCCAUACCAAUGCACAGACAGAUGGAAAGGCACUCAAGCUUCACAGUUUUGCAGGCGUUUUCUGCAUUUUAGCAAUAGGCCUUCUUCUUGCAUGCUUGGUGGCAGCACUGGAGUUGUGGUGGAACAGCAACCGUUGUCAUCAAGAAACACCGAAAGAGGAUGACAAAGAAGUGAACCUGGAGCAGGUCCAUAGACGCAUGAACAGUUUAAUUGAUGAAGACAUAGCCCACAAGCAAAUCUCUCCAGCGUCCAUUGAAAUCUCAGCCUUGGAGAUUGGUGGCAUGCAGCCAGCUCAGACCCUGGAGCCGGUACGCGAAUACCAGAACACGCAACUUUCUGUCACCACCUUUUUACCAGAACAGACAACUCAUGGUGCCAGCAGAACACUCACAGCUGCCUCUGGCAGCGCCCCCCCCCUGCCGCUGCCCCUGAGCAGCUCAGCCACCAUGCCCUCCAUACAGUGUAAACACAGGUCACCAAAUGGAGGACUAUUUCGUCAGAGUCCAGUGAAAACCCCAAUCCCAAUGUCAUUUCAGUCUGUGCCGGGGGGAGUCAUUCCAGAAGCAAUGGAGUCCUCGCAUGGAACAUCCAUAUGA